AAAAGGCACCGUAAUAGAAUGUUAAUAGAAGAAGAAGAGAAUUCGUCAUGUUAGUUAAAAAGAUAGCACUUCUACAUUCCUUCAAGUCCACGUAACGUGUCAUCAACGUUUGUACACACGCACUUUUUUGUGACAAAUUCGUGUUACUUUUCUACUUUAUACGUUACACGUUAUCGGCAAAGAUCAGCGUUAAAACUGGGCACACACAAUCCGUCUUACCUUCGAGGUUAGAACUACAUUCUCAUCACAACGGGGGCCGAACAAUCAGCUAUGUCCGUCUCUCAGAUGGAAAAGAAUUUAUUUAAUUUAAAAUUCGCGGUGAAAGAAUUGGAAAGAAACUCAAAGAAAUGCGAGAAAGAAGAAAAGAUAGAGAAGACAAAGAUCAAGAAGGCGAUACAAAAGGGUAAUAUGGAGGGUGCUCGCAUUCAUGCAGAGAAUGCAAUUCGACAAAAAAAUCAAGCCUUGAAUUAUCUCAGAAUGAGCGCCAGAGUGGAUGCAGUAGCUAGUAGAGUGCAGACUGCAUUGACAACUCGCAAAGUUACUCAAUCCAUGGCUGGUGUUGUCAAAGCAAUGGACGCUGCUAUGAAAUCAAUGAACUUAGAAAAGAUUUCUGGACUUAUGGAUAAAUUUGAGAGCCAAUUUGAGGAUCUGGAUGUACAAAGUUCAUACAUGGAGAAUGCUAUGUCGCAAACCACAACUACUAACGUACCCCAGAAUGAUGUAGAUACUCUGAUGCAGCAAGUUGCAGACGAAGCUGGAUUGGAAUUGAACAUGGAACUUCCAUCAGGUCAACUUGGCAGUAUUGGCACUUCAACAGCAGUAAGCCAGGAACAAGAUGAAUUAACACAGAGAUUAGCACGACUUAGAGAAUAAUGACGAACUGCUUUAAUGUAUAUUAUAAUUGAGAUGUUUUAUAAAUUAUGUAAUAUAUUUCCAAUAUUGUUACAAUAAUUAUUGUAAUGUCUUAUGAUAAUUAGGGAUGCACCGGAUCGUAAAAUUAUCGGAUAUCCAGGAAGAUAAUUUUUCGAGUCGGAUAUUCGAUAUUUUCCAGAUAUCCGAUCGGAUUCCGGGAUAAUGUCUAAAAAAAAGCUGAGUAAAAGAGGAAAAAAGGAGUAAAACGAAAAAGGGAUUGUGAAGGAAAAAUAGUGAUAAUAAUUAUGAUUUUAAUAAAUUAAAGACAAGAAUGUAAGGGAAAGUAGAACUCAGCAUAACAUUGUUAUACUUUGUGCGCAAAUAUAACAAUGGAAAAGUCCAUUUUUAAUAUAAAAGUGUAUAAUGUCUGUAUAAUAUCCGAUUUUAAUGUUAUCGUCAGAGUUUGAUUAUCAAUAGAGAUGAUAACUGUAGAGAAAAACAUUGUAAUUUUGCAGCAAUAUAUAAGAUAUAGCAUUAUGAGUAUGCAUAUUUAUUUA